AUGAAACGAAAGAAAUGUUUAAAGAUACUUUUUCCUAACAAUUAUGAAACUCCCCCAGAAUGGAAAAUAAUCGAUAGUAUGGCAGAGGUUCAGAAUUUUUACAGCGAUGUUAUCAGAUUAAAUUUUAUUAAGGUUUAUGAAAUAGCGGAAAUUAAGUCAACAAACAUUUCACAAGAAUUUGAUGUUGCUGAUCAAUAA